AUGUCCAUCACAGCUGAGGCCGUCCUAGCGGCGUUGCCCUCGACCCAGCGCGGACUUCCUACUCCUCUGAGUUCAGACUCGAAGGGGGAGCGUCUAGCCUACGCAAGCGGCAAGAGCAUCUUCAUAAGGUCGAUUGACAACCCGAGCGUCUCUACUCAAUACACGGAACACACGAAUACAACCAGUGUCGCGCGCAUUAGCCCUUCCGGCUUCUACUGCGCCUCCGGAGAUGUGUCGGGCGUAGUGCGGGUGUGGGACUGCUCGCCCAACGGUUCCGGCAAGACCAAAGGAGAAUAUGCCAUUAUUUCAGGCCGAAUCAAUGACAUUGCAUGGGACGGUGACAGCCAACGCAUCAUAGCCGUGGGAGACGGGAAGCAGCGUUUCGGACACUGCGUGACGGCAGACUCGGGGAAUACCGUGGGAGAGAUCAGUGGACACUCAGCACAAGUCAAUGCGGUCAGCAUAAGACAGCAGCGGCCACUCCGCGCAGCGACAGCGGGUGACGACAAGAAUCUGGUCUUCUACCACGGCGCUCCCUUCAAAUUUAAUGGUAUACCUGGCCGAGGGAACCACAGCAACUUCAUCUACGGGGUCGGCUUCUCGCCUGAUGGUAACCAUCUAGUGAGUGUGGGUGGUGACAAGAAGAUCUACCUCUACGACGGCAAGACUGGAGAUGUCAAGACCGAGAUCGUGGACAACGCGGAAGGUCACAAGGGCAGCAUCUUCGGUGUGUCGUGGUCCAAAGACUCCAAGAGCUUUGUGACUUGUUCAGGCGACCGGACUGUGAAAACCUGGGACGUGGAAGCAGGCAGAGUUACACAUACUUGGACCUUUGGUGAUGCUGCGGCCGUCUCAGAUCAACAAGUCGGUGUGGUGUGGCCGGCACGAUCAGACGGGCUGAUCAUUUCACUUUCGCUGAGUGGGGACCUCAACUACUUGCACACGGGUUCGAGCAAGCCAACGAAGAUCAUUUCAGGCCACCAGAGGAACAUUACGGCUCUUGCCUACUCUGGACAGAGCGGCAGCGAAACUCUAUGGACGGGCAGCUACGAAGGUCGCCUAUGCUCUUGGGAUGCGGCAAAAGGCACUGCCGAGGCGAUUGAAGGUGACAGCCCCACAAACAUCAUCUCGGGACUUGCAGCAACUUCUUCGGACAAGCACCCCCAAGUCUUUUCUGUCAGCUGGGACGAUACCUUGAGAACAGUGGAUGCUGGAGCAAAGACCUUUACUGGUAAGGCGACAAAGCUAUCGUCACAACCAAAGGCAUUGACUACCACGACGGAUUCUUUGGUCGUCGUAGCGCAGCUCGAGAGCGUGAUUGUGUACAGAGACGGCGAAGAAGAUGGCGAGUUGCCCUUGAAAUCAACUCCGACAUCACUGGCCUCACACGGCAGUACUGUUGCAAUUGGAUCACAGGACUCCAGUCUGCGCUUGUUUGCGGUAGUGCCUGGAAAAGCACCGAAACAAAUUGCCGUUGUGGACCAAGUCUCUGCGCAUCCUCUGACAGCAAUAUCCUUCUCCAAGGACGGAUCGAUGGUGGCAGCGGGCAAUUCUGCAGGGAAAAUCUAUGUGUACAAAAUCAGCACUGGGCUCACGGGACUCGUGACUGGCAAUGCUUCGCUGGACCUGGUGACUGAUCGAUGGAGCGCUCACACAGCAAAGAUCACAUGCAUUGGAUGGAACCCUGAAGGCACGGGAGCUGUUUCCGGUAGCCUCGACACGAACAUCUUCGCUUGGAGUCUGAAGGAACCGGGGAAGCGGGUGAAGGAAACCAAUGCACACAAGGAAGGCGUCAAUGGCAUUGUAUGGCUUGGGGACACUGUCUACAGCACGGGAGCGGAUGCCACGGUCAAGAAGUGGAAGGUCCGCAUAGCUUAG